CGCGCGGGCACGGCCGGGGGCAGGGGGAGGAGGAGGAACUGGCUGGAUCGCAGCCGCUGCGACGCGCCACGCUCGCCUCGCAUGCAAAAGUUGGGGCUCGCGAGCGCAGAGCACAGGGCCACGGGAGUGCCAGGCACCGGGACAGGCGCGGGGGAGAGUCCGGCGCUAUCCUGGCUGGGAGCAGGCUGAAGCAGCACAGACCAGUCCCUUCCUAAACACCCCCCCCCCCGCCCACACACACACACACACACACACACACACACACACACACACACACACUUAUCUACCUGCCAACGCCAUUUCUUCCCCUUUUCUUGGAAGCUCCAGGGACAUUAGUGUGUGUGUGUGUGUGUGUGUGUGUGUGUGUGUGUGUGUGUUUGCGGGGGAUCUUAUCCGGCGUUUUCUUAAUGACCGCAGUAAGUCCCCCCCCCCCGCACACACACACACACACAUUUCUUUUUCUAAAUCGAAUUUGGAUUGUGCUUUAAAAAAAGCGAGAGAGGGAGAGGGAGAGAGAGAGGGAGAGAGACCAACCGCAAAGCAUUUCAGGUCCCUGCCUUUGACGUGCAUCACAGCACAACAUUAAAACAACAUGAAACAAGUGUUGAGUGCAUCUUAGAUGUUAGAGAUGAUUGGCAAAGAUUGUUAUAUCCUUCCUGGUGCUGUCGUUUCGGGAUUACUAUGACGUCACUUUGAUACUCUCCCAUGGAUGAAUGCUAAAGAACUAUAGAGCAGAAAAUAAUACAAGCAGGCUCCAUAUCUUUGCAAGCCUUACGUUAUUUCCCCCCUUCUUUUAAAUCCCCCUUUUCAGUUGAACCUUCUAUACAUUGGGGUGUUUUGUUUUUAUAUAUAUAUAUCUCUAUAUUUAUAUAUAAACUUAUAUAUUUAUAUAUAUAUUUAAGGAGGAUGGGAGGUGGGGGUAACCUUUUUCAGGCUUCAAACCUCAUGCCUCAGAUGCCUGGCUGCUUUUCUUAAGUGCAAUCAUCCAUAAUUGAGAAAAAAAAAGCCAUACGUGGAAAUGUGUGUGCGAGAAGGUGCAUCCUGAAGCAGGGUUCAGUUGCAAUCGAUCUGGGAGAAAAAAUAAUAUUGCCUAUGGUCCAAAAAUAAGGAGCAGCUAUGUCCUUCUCUCAGUUCGGAUACCCCUACAGCACCACUUCACAGUUUUUUGUGUCAGCCAGCCCUAGUACGACCUGUUGUGAAUCUGCCUCCAGAUCCGUAUCGGAUGUUACCUCUGGAUCUGCCCAAGCUGCUACUCUUUGCUGUCCCUCUUACGAGAACAGGCUGCUGGCCACCACCAGGACGGAACUCAAUGCAGCUCUGGGGAUGUACAGUUCUCCCUAUGCAGCCGCCGCAGCGAGCCAGAGUUAUGCCAACUACCUUCCCUACAGUGCAGACCCGUCCACUCUCUACACCACGCUGAACCCGCAGUAUGAAAUUAAGGAUGGCACCAGCAGUUUGCACUCGGGAAUCGCACAGCCUGCUGCCUACUACCCCUACGAUCAUUCCUUAGGGCAGUAUCAGUACGACAGCAGGUAUGGGACCGUGGAUUUCAGUGGCUCGGCUAGACGCAAAAAUGCAACCCGAGAGACAACCAGCACCCUUAAGACCUGGCUGUAUGAACACCGGAAAAACCCUUAUCCCACCAAAGGGGAAAAAAUUAUGCUGGCCAUCAUCACCAAAAUGACUCUGACUCAAGUGUCCACUUGGUUUGCUAACGCCAGGCGCAGGCUCAAGAAAGAAAACAAAAUGACUUGGUCUCCUAAGAACAAAGCAGGAGAGGAGAGAAAAGAGGAAAACAAGAGAGAAGAGGAGGAAUAUGACUUGGAACCUGAAGGCAAAGCAGAUCAAAAAAGCUGCAAGGAAGAAAAGGAAUUAAGACUGAGUGAUCUGGACGACUUGGACGAGGAGGAAGCCGAGAAGCUAGACGGGGACCGAAAGGGCACCCAUCAAGAAGCCUCCAGCCUCAGCACCGCCUUGGCUGAGUCUGAGAAAAGCGACUGCAGCUUGACACCACCAAGCAGUUUUCACACUUUCCCCUGUUCCAAAACCAGCUCAGCAGCAGCAGGAGACUUCUUAGAGACCGUGGGCCAAAAGCCAGGCCCCUUAGUGGGCACCAUGAGUGAAGUGCAACAAUACGAAACGACAGAAAAGCCCAGAAUCUGGUCUUUGGCUCACACGGCAGGUGCCAAUGUUAUAAUUGGCCCCAGCACCCCUGAACCAAGGACAGUGAGCCCGGACUGCUUGCUGCUCAGAGGACGGCACGCUGUCCCUGGGCACUGCAGUGAAGGGAGGCCCCUCGCCAGUCUAAGAACCCAGCCUGGUACUGACAGUGCGUUUGAAGAGCUGCCCCAGCCCACCAAGAUAUUCAGAAACUCCACUUUCAACCUCCAGUCAAUACAGCUGAACUGUGCUUCCUAUCCAGUCUUGGGAGAGACGUGCCAGUAUUCUUCAGGAGCUGAAGGGUUUGGGAGAAAUGUGAAACCUACCCAAGGAGCCAUAGAUCUCAGUGAAGCUUGCCUAGUACAGCAUAAAGACAAACUGAGAACAGCUUUUAGGCCAGUGCUGAAGAGGUGAGCAGGUUAGACUGUCUUUUUGAGAAUCCUGAAGAUGGUUCUCAGUUUGCAUCAAGGCUCUUGGCUUAAAACUAUCCUCCAUGAACAAUGAUGAUCUCCACUCCUUGAAAGCAUUAACUGUGACUCUCGCUUCCCUCCCCCUGCGAUGGGGAGCGGUCAUACCAAUUGCACAACUUGCUUUUAACAAAUGGAUGAGACUUAACACACAAUCGGAAACAGGACGGAGGAACUGUAAUAAAUUCUAGACCUUGUCUCAUGCACUGGAUCAUUGUAGUUUCGCACAAGUUUACAAAACAGUACUCCUUCCCAUCUCUGAGUCCACUGCCACAUCGUCCUCAGUGUACAACUACUUUGUCAUUUGUUAAACCCCCAGUGAUUGUCUUUACCAAAAAAAGGCCAAACAUUGUUUCUUUCGCCCACAUUGUGUCUUCCUUUAAACGACUACUUUCAUUUUCUUUUCUUUCUCUGGUAAAGUAUCUUUGUAAAUCAUAAUGUCUGUGUUUGUUCUGGGGAGACAGAGAGAGGGGUAUGGUUUAAGUUAAUAGUGCGACAUGCAAGGCUGUUUCUUUUCUGUCAUUGUACAAGGAUAUGGCUGAAAGUAUUUUUAAGAGUCUCUAAUUAAAGCGGAUCAGCUGAA